AUGUGCAGCUCUCGCCGCGCCGAUGUGCCCUCGGGCUCGACCAAUAUUGCCCAUGGCCGUGAGGUCUUGCCCACCAACGUCAAGCCGGUGCAUUAUGACUUGACGCUCGAACCGAACUUCGAGACCUUCAAGUAUGACGGAACCGUCGUUAUUGACCUCCAGGUCAGCGAGGACACCACUUCCAUCUCCCUCAACUCUAACGAAAUCGAUAUCCACAAUGCCACUGUCUCUGCCCAAGGCUCCGUUGUCAACUCUAACCCCGAGAUCUCCCACGACAAAGAUUCCCAGGUGGCUACCAUCAAGUUCCCAGAGACCAUCCCCGCGGGAUCCUCGGCCCAGUUGAAGUUGGGCUUCACUGGUAUUCUCAAUGACAAUAUGGCCGGUUUCUACCGUUCGUCUUACAAGGAGGCCAACGGUGAGACCAAGUACAUCGCUUCCACCCAGAUGGAACCCACCGAUGCCCGCAGAGCUUUCCCUUGCUUCGACGAGCCUGCCCUCAAGGCCGAGUUCACUAUCACCUUGGUUGCUGACAAGAGCAUGACCUGUUUGAGUAACAUGGACGUCGCUUCCGAGACCGAAGUUCAGAACGGUCUCAAGAAGGCCGUCAAGUUCAGCAAGUCGCCCCUCAUGUCCACCUACCUGGUCGCUUUCAUUGUCGGUCACCUGAACUACAUUGAGACUACCAAUUUCCGUGUUCCCAUCCGUGUUUAUGCCACUCCCGACCAGGAUAUUGAGCAUGGCCGCUUCUCCUUGGAUCUGGCUGCCCGUACCUUGGCAUUUUACGAAAAGGCCUUCGACAACGAAUUCCCCUUGCCCAAGAUGGACAUGGUUGCUGUGCCUGAUUUCAGUGCCGGUGCUAUGGAGAACUGGGGUCUGAUCACAUACCGUAUUGUCGAUGUGCUGUUGGAUGAGAAGACCAGCGGUGCUUCGCGAAAGGAACGUAUUGCUGAGACUGUCCAGCACGAACUGGCCCACCAGUGGUUUGGUAACCUUGUUACCAUGGACUUCUGGGAUGGUUUGUGGCUCAACGAGGGCUUUGCUACAUGGAUGUCGUGGUACUCUUGCAACAGCUUCUACCCCGAGUGGAAGGUCUGGCAGACCUAUGUCAUCGACAACCUGCAGGGUGCUCUCUCUCUUGACUCGCUUCGCAGCAGUCACCCCAUUGAGGUGCCUGUCAAGCGUGCCGACGAGAUCAACCAGAUCUUUGACGCAAUCUCUUACUCUAAGGGUUCGUCUGUGCUCCGCAUGAUUUCCAAGUACUUGGGCGAGGAUGUCUUCCUCCAGGGUGUCAAGAACUACAUCAAGAAACAUGCUUAUGGCAACACCCAAACGGGUGACCUGUGGUCCGCUCUGGCGGAUGCUAGUGGAAAGCCUGUGCAGCAAGUCAUGGAUAUCUGGACAAAGAAUGUCGGAUUCCCCGUGGUAUCUGUCUCAGAGAACCCCGAGGCCUCGUCUAUCAAACUGAAGCAAAACCGUUUCUUGCGUACGGGCGAUGUCCGCCCAGAGGAGGACCAAACCCUGUACCCUAUCAUGCUGGGUUUGCGUACCAAAGAGGGUAUUGACGAGGAUACUAUGUUGACCGAGCGUGAGAGCGAGUUCAAGGUGCCUGACCUUGACUUUUUCAAGCUUAACGCCGACCACUCCGCCAUCUACCGCGCCUGUUACACCCCCGAGCGUCUCACAAAGCUGGGUGAAGCUGCCAAGAAGGGAUUGCUUACCGUCGAGGACCGUGCAGGUAUGAUCGCAGAUGCUGGAGCUUUGGCUGCUUCGGGCUACCAGAGCACUUCCGGCCUGCUGUCGCUUCUCAAGGGCUUCGACGAUGAGUCUGAGUUCAUCGUGUGGAAUGAGAUUUUGACCCGUGUCGGUACUCUUCGCGCCGCCUGGUUGUUCGAGGACAACCAAACCCGGGACGCUCUCAAGGCGUUCCAGCGCUCUCUGGUCAGCUCCAAGGCGCAUGAGCUCGGAUGGGAGUUCUCCGAAAAUGAUGGCCACAUCUUGCAGCAGUUCAAGGCCCUCAUGUUCGGCAGUGCCGGUAUGGCUGAAGACCCAGUUGUCGUCAAGGCCGCUCAGGACAUGUUCCAGCGCUUUGCUGCUGGUGACGUGAGUGCCAUCCACCCCAACAUCCGUGGCAGUGUCUUCUCCAUCGUCCUGAAGCACGGCGGUGAGAAGGAGUGGAACGUCGUCUACGACCGAUUCCGCAACGCACCCACUUCAGACGAGAAGACCACCGCUCUCCGCUGCUUGGGUGCUACUGAGGACCCGGCCUUGAUCCAGCGUACCCUGGCAUUGGCAACCAACGACGAGGUCAAGAAUCAGGAUAUCUACAUGCCCCUUGGUGGUUUGCGCAGCAGCGCUGUUGGUAUUAACGCCAGAUGGGAGUGGAUGAAGAGCAACUGGGAUGCCCUUUACAAGCGUCUUCCUCCUGGACUUGGUAUGCUGGGCACAGUUGUGCAGCUCACCACUGCCAGCUUCUGCACUGAGGAGCAGCUCAAGGAUGUUCAGCAGUUCUUCGAGGACAAGGACACCAAGGGCUUCGACCGUGCUGUUGAGCAGAGUCUCGAUGCCAUUCGCGCUAAGGUCCAGUGGGUCAAGCGUGACCGCGAUGAUGUCGUCGGCUGGGUUAAGUCUUCUGGAUUCCUUCGCGAUGGCAAGUUGUAA